ACACCGUUUCAGCCAACAUCCACGAACUCCUAAAAACUUUAUUUCUCCUCUCUCACUCACUCUCGCAGGUCUCUCUCGCCCUCUCCUCCUUCCCCUCCUGCUCCAACAACCUCACCAGUUUCUCAGAAAUCUCUCUCCUAACACCACGUCUUCCAUAUCUCUCUCCUUCUCUCUCCGUUACUGAACAACGCUGCCUCUUCUCUCCUCGUGUCUCCAUCUCGCCGAGGUUCCACCAACAACAGCCGCCACACUCUUCCUCUCUCCGUCUAUCUCCGUCUCGUAAAUCCUCUGUUCCUCCCUCCCUCUCGUUCUUUCUCUUCCCGUCACUCGGUCCCCAUCUCUCCUCCCUUCUCUCUGUUCCAUCAAGUUUCCACCAAGAACAACCGCAACCCUCCAGAAAAUCACACAAAACAGUGUGUGGUCUCAACAGAAAGGACAAAAACGGCAGCCGUCGGGUCUGGGUAUAAUUUGAUGGAAGGAUUGGUGAGUUCUCAGAUGACACUCAUUGGUGCUCAUUAUAGGCAACUUAACUCUCCUUUCCUUCCUGCAUUUUCUCUCCAAUUCAAAAGAAGAUUUGAUAUCAGUCGAAUUGGGACGGACAAAUCUCCUAAAUCAUUGAAAUCAGUUACUGCUUCUGUUCAACCAUUGGAAACCUCAAAAUUGGGUCACUCGAACAACACUCUGCCAUCCAAAGAUGUCCUUGAUUUAUGGAGGAGUGCCAAUGCGGUGUGCUUCGAUGUGGAUAGCACAGUGUGUCUGGAUGAAGGCAUUGAUGAACUUGCAGAGUACUGUGGAGCUGGAAAGGCUGUUGCAGAAUGGACUUCUAGAGCAAUGAGUGGUUCUGUUCCUUUUGAGGAGGCCUUGGCUGCCAGACUUGCUUUGUUCAAUCCUUCCGCUGCCCAAGUCCAGGACUUUCUUGAAAAGAGGCCCCCAAGGCUUUCUCCUGGCAUAGACGAGUUGGUCAAGAUGCUGAAGGCUAAUAAUACCACUGUUUACCUUAUCUCUGGAGGCUUUCGUCAAAUGAUCAAUCCUGUUGCAUCAAUCCUUGGGAUUCCACAUGAAAACAUCUUUGCCAAUCGAUUGCUAUUUGGAAGUUCGGGGGAGUUUGUGGGGUUUGACACCAAGGAGCCUACUUCAAGAAGUGGAGGAAAAGCCACUGCGGUUCAACAGAUAAGGAAGGCUCAUAAUUACAAGGCAUUAGUCAUGAUUGGGGAUGGCGCAACUGAUCUUGAGGCUCGUAAACCAGGAGGUGCAGAUUUGUUUAUAUGUUAUGCUGGUGUACAACUUCGAGAAGCUGUUGCCGCUAACGCUGACUGGCUGGUUUUCAGUUUUAAAGAUCUAAUGAACUCCUUGGAGUAGCUUGGAGUUUUCUGAGCCUUGCACUUUUUUUUUUUUUUUUUUUGAUGAUUAAUUUUUUUGUGGCCCACUGGUCAACUGCAUUAUAGAAGUGUAUUCAUCCCAUUUUAAGUUUACAAAACUUAUGUGAGGAACUAAAAGGGUUAUCAUCUAAUGCCCAAGUCUUGUAAUAUAUAUAUAUAUAUAUAUAUAUAUAUAUAUAUAUAUAUUAUAUUAUUUUUUAAUUAUUGUUACCCAAGGUUUGAGAGGAAA